AUGGCCCCAGUCCCGACAUCCGUAAUACGCGCUGUUCCUCGUGAAGCACUUACGAAACUAUCAAUCCAGCGCCCUACUCGCGUCUCUCUUUCUCAACUAUAUACUAUAGGUCGUCAUGUAUUGGAUUCCUCCUCCCCAGGAAGAUAUCUUAUACCUGCUCAAUUUCUUCAUGCCGAGUUACCCAUACGUCUAUCUCAAACACUCAACAUACUUCAAUCGCCUUUGGUGCCUCAGGCAUUCACUUCUAUGCCUACUUUUAAGAAAUUCACUCAGCAAUACUAUGAUUAUAUUAGCAUCCUUAUGAGUACAUCUAAGCCUGACAAUAAAAAAAAGGAAGAAGAAUUCACCAACGUUAUAAGGCUACUAAAGAAAGAACACCGAAAUAAUUUAUUAUCAUUAAGACAAACAUUUAGAGAAAUUGUAGAC